UUGAAGUUGUUUCUCCCGUGUUUCCAGUCGUUCGGAUGAGACACAAAACCGUUAAAGAACCCAUUUGUAAGAAUAGGGAAUUGCUCCCGGAGACCCACCACAUGGAUGCCAUUUUUAUUGUUACUAUUAUCAAGUGCAGAACUCCAUAAAUAUGAUCAUUUUAGAGUGGGUAAGAAUGUUUUGUACACACAAGGCAAUAACGACAAGCUGCCUGAAGUUUGUUUUCUAUAACAACAACAACAAAAAUGUAAUUGAAAAUAAAAUUCAAAAUACACUUAUUUGAAAUGACACUAUUCUAUAGUAUGUGCAUGAAACCCUUCAAUCUCUAUUUCUCCCCUGCCCUUCUUAGAGAAGAUUGAAAUUUAGUUGCUUUUGGCUUAACUGAUGUUUUACAUAUUGCGGUAUUCCCAACUUGAUCCUUUCUUUUUUCCUUCUUGUUUCACAGAGCAUUGCUUAAAAAUAUGUAUAAUGUUAGUUAAAUAAAGGGUGAAGUCUGAAUUUUUAAAAUAAGUUACCCUUUUGAUAAGUGUCACUUCAAAAUAGUGCCUCCCUUUUGACUAGAUUAGAUAAGCAACCAGGGCGCUAAAAGUGGAUUACUGGUAUUCACAGGUCACCCCGAGGCAUAGUGUUAGGUGGUUAGGCUUGUAAAAUAAGAAGUGAUUUUUGGACCACAAAAUUUCCAUGAAAUUCUAUUUUUUUAACUGUCCUACCUUCAAUUUCCCCUUCAGGAAAAAAUAUGACAACAAGAUACAGAAGAUUGUAGGAAGCUUGUAGAAAGCAGAAAACAUGAUGUUAGCCGGAGAGAAAACAUUUGAAAAGCAAUUUAGGAGCUUCAGCUCUAAAAUUCAAUACUUUAGAAAUUGUCUGGAAGAUGCUCAAAAGAUUAUUUCAAGUUUACAGAAGGCCUACAAAGAUGACAUGAACUCUGAUGUUAUCAACGCAUUCAUAUCUGAGCAGGAAACCCAGAAGUUCGAGGAAUUUGUCUCAAAGAAAGCUGCGAUAUUGGUGGUUGGUCAGACGAAUUCUGGAAAGAGUUCGCUCAUCAACGAGCUGCUUGGUGGCACUUAUCUUCCGACAGCAGAAAUCCCAUGUACUUCACGAAUAGUUCGUAUCUGCUAUAGCGACAAUAACUAUGUGGAAGUGCAAGGACCUAAUGGGGAAUGCGUUCAAGGCAAGCAGUCAUUUGGGAAGAAAAGAAUCCCUCGAGACGAGAUUGCUUUAGAUGAUGAUAAAAAACGAAGUGAUGCAGAAUGGGUGCGUUGUGUCGUUAAAGUGGGUUUGAACAACUCGCUUCUGCGAGGAGGUCAUCUUGAGUUAGUGGAUGCUCCAGGAAUGAGCGAGAACGAAGUACUUGACCAGAUUGUUCAAGAGUGCAUUCAUGGCAUAUUGCAAGUUGUGAUCUACGUCAUUGAUGGGAAUUCGAGUCUUAGAACACAGGACCGAGAAUUUUUGUUUUCGUUAAAGGAAAGGAUAGACAGCAUACCCAUAUUCUUCGUGUGCAACAAAGUAGAUACGAAUGCCAAGGCGGCCGAGUUCGACAGAGAUUCUGACGACAGUGAUGAUGAUUCCAGCCUCGACAAUGUAGAGACAAAGAUGCGUCAAGCGUACAAAGCUCUCGUAGGAUACGGGCUAAUAGACUCAGAUAUACAACUUGAAGAUUGCGCGGCCUUUCAUGGUAUAUCUACUCAUGAAGUCCGUAAGGCCAGGCAUAAAAAGAUCCACAAUCAAUUUACGGACGCUUUUGAAGUAAUGAAGAGUAGUUUCCUAACAUUUCUUGAUAACAGCCUAAACGCUAACUUAGGCUACACCACGGAUCUUCUUUUGCGCAUUCUACAACGCAUCUUUGAUUUUUACAUCAGCAGAGGACCACUUCGCGGUGACCUUGAAUCUAUUUGUAGGGAUAUACGAGGUAUUCAGGCGGUAGAGAGAACCUACUUUAACAAAAUGUGUGAAUAUGUCAAGAGUAACCAUACAAAGCUUCAUAAUGUCAUGGAAUCAAGUGUUAAUAGUUCAUCAGAAAAUAUUCUGAAAGAAGCAGAGGAGAUGGAGUUUGCACCAAUUCGUAUUGGCAACGCCGUAAAAAGAAACGAAAUCAUCAAUCAAUGCAGAGAUCAGAUACACAAACUAGUCCUGUUAAGAGUACUAAAUAUUUCACUCAAAGAGGCAACUAAAACCCUUCGUGUGAUAGCGGGUCAGAUGAAGAGGAAGCUGGACAUUUGUUUGGAGAACGCAGCAAAACAUGAUAACCUUACCAACAAACUUGUGACCAAUCAGUUACAUAUCUGUUAUCUGAACCGCAGGGACAUUGAAGAGAUGAUAAACAUGGGUCCUAUUGUUAACUUCUCACUAAUGAGCCGUACCUUCAAAACUUGGGAUCAACUCAAACGGUUUGCCACUGAUGUCCUCUCCAAUGUUACUGGCACAGAGGUCAAUAAAUCGUGGAAACGCAAGAUAGCUAAAAACAUAUUAGACAAUGUUAACUUUUCAGAGGUAUCCCACAGAAUUAUCGAAGUCAUUCUUACUGAUAACCAAGCAAGUCACGAGACUUUCCAGAUCAAUACUAGAUGUAUGGAACAGCUUUGCAAAAUGGCAGACAAGCAAUCCGACUGUCAGCAGAUGGUUGUAUUUGAGCAUGCGCAUUCGUUUGCUGAGGUCAUUUGCCGGACUGAGGCGCUGAUGAACACGCUCCUUCACCCCGAGGUCAAGUUACUGGAGCCACUGGGAAGGCCGGGUUAUCGUGGCACCGUCUAUAACUGUUUGGUACCAGCCGGUCGCUUUGGAAAGUGUGAUGUUGUUGCUAAGCAAUAUAAGUCCGUUGUCUCACCAAACCAGUUCUUGGCUUUACAACAAUGCAUGAGAAGCUUUGAUGACGCAGACCAGCACGGUAUCCUACGCCCGUCUUCUAUUGUCUUGGUGGAUGUGAGCAUACUUACUUUGCUCCUCCCCGCCUGCACCACCGAUCUAUACACGGCUUUGUCCGGUUCAGCGUACCACAUGCCUAUGUCUGUACGCAUCUCUCUGCUGCUGCAGAUCACCGAAGCCUGCUUGUACUGCCGAGCGAAGAACGUGCACCUCAUCGACCCGCGCUUAACCAACGUGAAGCUCGAUGGUGACUAUCGUAGUAUGCUGGACAUCAGCAAGCCACGUGAUGACUCAGUGCCAUACCCCGAUGGGAUGGCGCCGUUCCACGUGUCGGCGCCACCCCCCCCUCUCAUUGCUUUCUCCACGAACACCACACAGACAGCUCAUCACGAUGUCUACGCGCUAGGAAUACUGGGCUGGCUUUUGGCGAUGGAAAAAUACAUCAGACCUCAAUAUGCUCAAACAGUCGAUGUCAAGGAAAUCUACGAGGCCACCAGUCGAAUGGCUCAUCCCCACUUCACCGUGGAAAUCGAAGCUAACUACGAAGUCUUCACUGGUUUGAUGCUAGAUUGUUUUUUGGGCACUAUCUCUCUUUGGGAUCUCUCUAAUCGGCUAAAAAAGGCAAUUGGGGCUCAAUAGAGCUAUUUGUGGGAUGUACAUGUCUAUGUAUACUUGAAAAGGACGAGAAUUAAAAUGGAAUGCAUGUGGUAGGGUUAUUUACACCUUUUCCAAAAAUAGUUUAUUAUCCCCCUUGCUGCCCCAUUAGCACUAAGAUAUGGGAAAGUCCUCGCUGUCGAGUAAACGACAGAGAGAAGCACGAAGUGCUAGUGAGGCAACACGAGGGAGACCAAAUGGUCCUUGGCGAGCUGAUGUGUAUUUACGGGAACCAGUUAGUUUAUAAAAAAAAAACAUUUAUUUGAGAAGAUACGUGCAGCAACUGAUAGACUUUAAAGUACGGCUAGGGAGGGAGGGUGGGGCGAGUUGUUUUCCCGAGUCUUUCAAGCUUAACUGACACUGGUGCAUAUCAAUAGAUGCUUAAUAAUGCAUCGCGAGGGAUCAUGAAUAUUCAAUAAGAUUUGAAUAGUUGCAUGUUUAGUAACGGAAAAGGCUCAAUUUGAGACACAAACACCGGUAACAUGACAGCUGUUGCAACGUUGAAGGGGGUAUGUUUUACAGGGUAUGUAUGUGUUUUACAGGGUAUGUAGGUGUGUUUUAAAAGGGUUUUGAACUGUGUUUUAUAGGGUAUGUACGUCUGCUUUACAGAGUACGUAGAUGUGUUUUACAAUAUAUGUGUGUGUUUUUACAGGGUAUGUAGAUGUAUUUUACAGUAGUUUUACAAUGUAGUACCUGUUUCUGAAAUUCACCUCUAGAUCUUUUGUUGUCCAGUCAAUCUAAUGUUUAACCUAUGAAAGAGUAGCAUGUCCUUAAUAACUUCCAAAAAGUAAAGUUCUUUUGGGGGAACAUCUCAAAAUUCAACAAUAAACAAUUUCUUUUGUCA